AUGAACCUGUUUCCCUAUGCCCGAGGGAACUGCAACGGCGGCAGGGUUAGAGAUGAUGAGAACAUUGAAAUCAAUGAUAUGAUUGUGCGGGCCAGUGUCCCUUUAAAUAAGGUCGUGGUUGGAGUUGCUAGCUACGGUCGAACCUUCAAGAUGGAGCAGGCUGGCUGCGACUGGGCCAUGUGCAAGUUCACCGGCAGCGCGCGGAAGUCGCUUGCUGCCAAGGGCCUAUGCACAGACGCCGCCGGCUAUACCUCCAACGCCGAGAUUAACGAGAUCCUGCAGAACAAGCGGGUAACCAAGACAUGGACCGUCAACUCAAACUUUAUAGUAUACAACGAUACCGGGUGGGUUGCCUGGAUGGGUGAUGAGUUUAAGAAGAAGCGAGAGGGUAUCUACGCAUGGUACAACUUUGCCGGCACAAGCGACUGGGCUGUGGACCUGCAGUCCUUCUCCGAGUGA